AUGGAAGACGAGAUAACUGGAGCACCACCCGUCGGUCAACAUCGCAACAACCCGCUGCAGGUCAGCAAAUCCGAAACCGAGCCUGAUCUUCGACUUGGAGAAGACGAAUCGGUUCUCGGCAACAAGUUCGCCUUCUCCGCGGCGCAACUCCACAAGCUAUUCAAAUCUCGAACCAACAAUGCUCUGCGCGCCUUUGGCGGUCUUGCUGGGCUCUCAGCCGGCGUAAGAACCAAUGUGAAAGCAGGUCUUUCCGCCGACGAGGACGUGCUGGAUGGUGUCGUUUCACUCCAGGACGCCAUUCAAGGUGUAGGCGCUGCAACAGAAUCGCAGGAGCACAGUUUGGUACCCUCGAUUCCUGGAGGGUUUACCGAUCGUCGGAGGGUUUACGGCGAGAACCGCGUUCCGAAGAAUAAGCCAAAGACUUUUCUACAGCUUCUCUGGCUUGCUUUUGAUGACAAACUCAUGUUCCUCCUCACCGCUUCGGCGACCGUCUCACUCGCUCUGGGCAUAUACCAAUCGGUCACCAACAAGGAGCGAGGCGCCCGUCUCGAGUGGGUUGAAGGAGUUGCCAUCCUCAUUGCGGUCAUCGUCAUCGUCUUUGCCACCGCAAUCAACGAUUACCAGAAGAAUUACAAGUUUCAAAAGCUGAACGAGAAGAAGGAAGAACGCAUGGUCACGGUGACUCGCUCUGGGCAGCAUCGAUCCAUCUCUGUGUUUGAUGUUCUCGUCGGCGACGUCAUGCACAUCGAGGCGGGAGAUGUUGCGCCAGCCGAUGGAAUACUGAUUGAGGGGUUCGACAUUCAGUGUGAUGAGUCGCCAUUGACUGGAGAGUCUGAGCUUAUCGUCAAGACCCCGGCAUGCGUCCAAGGGUCCGGUGAUUCAUUCAUCCUCAGCGGCACAAGAAUUGAAACUGGGGUGGGGACCUGUCUCGUUCUUUCGGUCGGUGUAAACUCAACCUACGGAAAAAUCAUGAUAUCCCUUCAGGAUGACAUACAAGAGACUCCACUGCAGCAGAAGCUUGGUUUGCUAGCCCAGUAUAUCAUCAACUUUGGUCUCGCCGCCGGUCUUGUCUUCUUCGCCAUUCUCUUCAUACGGUUCUUGGUUCAGCUCAAGGACAUAGAUGGUGGCCCAGACGCAAAGGGCCACGAAUUCCUGGAAGUUCUUAUCCUCUCCAUCACCGUCGUUGUUAUUGCCGUGCCCGAAGGCCUGCCCCUUACCGUCACGCUGUCACUGGCCUUUGCAACUACACGGAUGCUGAAAGAUAAUAAUCUCGUUCGGCUUCUUCGCUCUUGCGAAACAAUGGGGAAUGCUACUACUGUUUGUUCAGACAAGACUGGUACGCUUACACAGAACAAGAUGACUGUGGUGACGGGCAUUAUUGGUGCCUCGGAGGCGUUUGCAGACGGCUCGGGCUCCCUUCUGGCUGAAUCCUACCAGCAAACCGCACAAGCACCUCCUACGGCGCACGCUUUGAUCUCUUCACUCUGUCGAGAGGCUCGAGACACCCUCAAGAAAAGCUUCACCUUGAACUCGACCGCUAUCGAAGCCGGGGAAGCGGGUCACUUCAUCGGAUCAAGCACAGAGACUGCCCUGCUCAACUUCGCUUCCGACCAUCUCGGCAUGCAGGACCUCAGCGAGGAACGAGCAAACGGGAACAUUUUUCAUAUGAUUCCAUUCAACGCCGCCCGAAAAUGGAUGGCCACUGUCUUACGGGCGCCAGCUGGGCGGCAUCGCCUUCUGGUCAAGGGAGCUGCCGAGGUCAUCGUGGACAGGUGCACCGAAACUUUGCAAGACCCCAAGGCCAGCAUGGCCACCAAGACGCUAAUGGUAACUGAUUUGGACGGCUUGAAGGUCAAGAUGCAGAACUAUGCCAAGAGAUCACUCCGCGUUAUUGCUGUUGCGUACCGUGACCUGGACGACUGGCCUGCAGAUGAUCAACACAUGGAUGCCGACAACAUUGCCAAUCUUUCCGAUUUGGUUCUCCUAGGAGUAUUCGGACUACGCGAUCCCUUACGCCCCGAGAUUGUCGACUCUGUGCGGCAAUGUCAGUCCGCCGGUGUCUUUGUUCGUAUGGUGACUGGUGAUAACUUCUUCACGGCCAAAGCAAUCGCCUCGGAAUGUGGCAUUUAUACUGCUGGAGGGAUCGCCAUGGACGGGCCAACCUUUCGACGUUUGACCUUGGAGCAACUCAACCUUGUUGUUCCACGUCUCCAGGUGCUCGCUCGAUCUAGUCCUGAUGACAAGCUUCUCCUCGUUUCCCACCUGAAAGGCAUGGGUGAGGUGGUUGUUGUCACGGGCGACGGGACGAAUGAUGCAUUAGCGUUGAAAGCUGCUGAUAUCGGGUUUUCCAUGGGCAUUUCCGGGACUGAAGUAGCCAAGGAGGCUUCAGACAUCAUCUUGAUGGACGACAACUUUACUUCUAUCGUGAAAGCUAUUGGUUGGGGUCGAGCUGUAAACGAUGCUGCCAAAAAGUUUCUCCAGUUCCAAUUCACCAUCAAUAUCACAGCCGGUACCCUGACCAUCAUGUCCGCCCUCGUCGGUGGCACUGACUCCUCCGUCUUCACGGUUGUGCAGCUUCUUUGGAUCAACCUCAUCAUGGACACGUUUGCCGCACUCGCCUUGAGUACCGAUUUUCCUACCGAUGAUCUGUUUUCGCGAAAACCAGAGCCGAGGACCGCUUCAGUGUUGACCACGACGAUGUGGAAGAUGAUCAUGGGGCAAAGUGUCUAUCAGCUGGCAGUCAUCUUCACGCUCCACUACGCUGGUGGACAUCUCUUUGGCUAUCGUGAUGAGAUUGAGAAGAAGCAUCUGCAGACCAUGGUCUUUAAUAUCUAUGUUCUCAUGCAAUUCUUCAACCAAUUCAAUUCACGACGGUCCGACAACAAGCUCAACUUGUUCGAAGGGAUCCUCAAAAACCCUUGGUUCAUCUUCGUCCAGAUAGUCACACUCGCGGGCCAAAUCGUCAUCGUAUUCUUUGGCGGCGAGGCCUUUCAGACGGUUCAACUUAGUGGUGCUGAAUGGGGAUGGUCCAUUUUGUUUGGCUUACUGACUCUUCCUGUUGGCGUUGCUAUACGGGUGAUCCCUGACCCGCUGCUACAAAAGCUGGGUCUAGCCUUGAAAUACUGUCUCUCUAUCGAACGGUUGCGUAGCCCCAUUGGGGAUCACGAGCAAGAAGCUGUUCAACACCGUCGGUCUGUUGGCCAGAGUUUUAAGGCCAUCCUUCCAAGUGUCUUUGCCUCAAAGGCCCCUCUGGGAGACACACAGAGUCAUGGUGCAGAUGCGCAUGCCACCUUUCAUCUGUCACAUCAAACUCCUCAACAGUCUGCUGGUGCCGUUGAAGAGUUUGAUUUGGUCGGGGCUGUCGACUCAGCGAGAUAUGGCACCGGAGACCCUCAUCCCGCUUUCGAGGUGCACCCAGACACGUUGAAGGAGGACCCGGUGAUCCAGGGCUUUACUUCUGGAGGCAAUGUUCCGCCGAGCCAGAACCAGGCGCUACUCCGAUACGUAUCAAGAUUCUCGCAGUGA